AUGCGCGCUCAUCUCACCAGCGCAGCGCUCAUGCCAAAAGUAGCAUGUGGCGCAAACGCUACUUAUAACCGCGAGCGCGCCGCGAGCAUGAGCGACGUCGGCACGCUCGCCGCCAUGGACGCGUUCGCGGGCGGCGCGAGGCGGAGGCCCUCACGUCUGCCGCCACCGCCGCCUUUUGUGCCACCGCCACCGCCCCAGCGCCACGACCAUUACUACGUGCGCCGCAAGUCACCUAUCCCAAGACAUACGACAAACCUUACGCUGUUUGCGCGUAACAAUGAACCAAAGAAAGACAAAUUGGAAAAUGGUGGCGAGCUCAUGAGGCCUGAGCGACCCAACUCCUUGACAGCUGGCAAAUUAUCACGAAGAAUAUGCUAUCAAAGCGAUGUUGUGGGUGGGUACGGGUCUUCAGCGGAGAGCGGAAGUGGCAACCCGGAGGAGCAACUGAUGUUGUCAGAUUUACCAGAACCACCUAUAGCCGUGUCAGAGAUUGGGCCCAUACCACCGCCACCGAUGUUCAGCUCACCCAGUCCCACGCGCCAUCAGCACCAACACGCGCUCACUCAACAUCCUCUCUCGGACUCCGAAGAUGAGGACGAACCAGAGGAAGAAGAAGUUGAGCCUUUGACUUUGGCGGAUACCACGCGCGUCGAAGAAAUCCCACCAAAGGAGCCUAUCUUUGGCGCGAUGCCUCUUAAGUCUGCUCUCAAAAAACCACGCCCCACCGCCUCUCCGGCCUCGACACCCUUGGCUACCCCACUUGCACCACGACAAGACCACCACCACACUAGCUUCAAUAGCAAUCGUCCAGUGCGCGUGGGCAACGGAAUGGAAAACAAGGAGAACGCUCGGCCGUGGGAGUAUGACAGCAAUGACUAUGCGAACGAGUCAGAUCGCGUAGCUGCCAAGCUCGCACGCAAGGAGAGCCUUAACAUCAAGCUGGCACUUCGCCCUGACCGUCAAGAGCUUAUAAACAGGAAUAUUCUAGUGGUGCAGAGCGAGCACGAGAGGCAAGAGUCGUGGGAGGCCAUCGGCGCCCGCCUCAUACGCCGCUUGUCCAUGCGGCCCACCGCCGAAGAACUCGUAGAGAGAAAUAUACUCAAAAGUCAAUCACCUGCGGAGGAGAAGAAACAGAAGGAGGAGAAGAAGCGAUACUUGCUACGCAAGCUCAGCUUCCGACCUACCGUCGACGAGCUCAAAGAGAAAAAAAUCAUACGAUUCAGUGACUACAUCGAAGUUACACAGGCUCACGACUACGAUCGUCGCGCGGAUAAGCCUUGGACUCGUCUAACUCCAAGAGACAAAGCCGCCAUCAGACGAGAGCUCAACGAGUUUAAGAGUUCAGAAAUGGCAGUACACGAAGAAAGCAAGCAUCUUACUAGAUUCCAUAGACCAUGA